CACUGUGCGCUUCGUUCGAUGUGUUGGAACUUAGCCAGUGAAAUUGGUAUGCCAACAUAACAUUAUUUCUCACCAACGUGUACGUUCGUGCCGCACGAAGGAAAGCAUUAACAUUUGCCCGUUUUUCCCGAUAGUAUCGCACAACUUGCAACGAUGAAAAGCUUCCUGUACGCUCUACUGGCACUGCUCGCCGUCAGCCAACUUGGAUUGGCCAACGAAGAAAACACGGCCCGGUUGCUGGUUUCCAAGCACAUCCUGAACAAAUAUCUGGUGGAAGCGCGGGAUAUCGUUGUGAAGUACACACUGUAUAAUGUUGGUUCCGGACCGGCCGUGAACGUUCGCUUGGUGGACAACGGAUUCCAUCCGGAAGUGUUUGAAGUAGUCGGUGGACAACUGUCUGCCUCGAUUGAUCGCAUCGCACCACAGACCAAUGUAACGCACAUCGUUGUUGUGCGGCCGAAAACGUACGGCUAUCUGAACUUCACCGCUGCCGAGGUCAACUACAUGGCAACGGAAGAUGCGACAGAGCCUCAGUUCUCGAUCAGCUCCGAACCGGGUGAAGGUGCUAUUGUAGCCGAAGCUCAGUUCAACAAGCAGUUCAGCUCGCACUACCUGGAUUGGCUAGCGUUCGCGUUCCUGACGCUACCGUCCCUUGCCAUCCCUUACGCGAUGUGGUACAGCUCAAAGUCGAAGUAUGAGGCGAUGGGCAAAUCGACGAAGAAGGUGAACUAAAUCCCACCGGCGGAGGUGUUCGGCAGGAGCCAG